AUGGCCGUUGUCUCUAACAGCUCUGUCGCAAGUUACGCCUCUAGCACCGUCCCUGUAUCUUCAAGUGUAAUCCCAGUGGAUGUCUCUUCCUCAUUACUACCAGCAGGGUCCGAAAAUGGUACUUCAACUGCAGCAGAAGAAACUUCUACUACUGUACCAGUGGAAUCCUCUGUGACUGUCCCAAUUAUUACAAGCUCCGGUGCCGGUGUUGUUAACGCUUCUACAACAGUCACCAGUACUGAUACUGCAACCAUUACUUCCUGCCCAGAUGGUGUCUGUCUUCUAUCAACCAGCUGGGAAACUGAAACGACUGUGGUCACUGAAUUCACUACUUACUGUCCCGAACCAACCACUUUCACUUACAAUGACAAGACAUAUACUGUUAACUCUGCCACUACUAUAACCAUAACUGACUGUCCAUGUACUCUUACAAAGACACACGAAAUUGCCUACACUACUGUAACAAACGUUGUUACUGACUAUACAACAUACUGCCCAGAACCAACAACCGUUUGUAUCGGUGAUAGCACAUACACUGUUUCUGAGCCAACCACAAUCACUGUAACUGGUCCAUGUACCAUAACAGAAACUAUCCCAGUUACAGUGCCAACAGUAGCUGAGACAACUACUGCUGCUCCAGCUGCUCCUGAAACUGACACAACGGUUAUCAAGACGCCAGCUACUACUAAAGCCACCCAAUCAGCCACUACUGUGGCUGAAGUACAGACUUCAGAAGCAGCUCAAUCCCAAACUACUGCAGUCGUUCAACAAAAUGAAAAUGGCGCUGCUGUCUUCAUUCCAUCUGCAGCUGCCAUGGUGGGUGCUUUAUUCUUCUUCUUAUAA